UCUGACACAUGGUGCUGCUCGUCACACUUUCUAUUCGCGCCGAAAUGCAUGUCUCGAACGGUUGCUAGCUGCUUUCAUAUGCAAUGAUAUCUCCAAAUUGACACCCGGCGCCAUGGGAGAGUUACAGUCCGGAUGCAGCCGUCAUCAUUACAAGUCCAUCUGCAAGGGUACAAAGGUAGCUACGCGGUAGAUAUGUGGGACCAAUCGCGCUCUUCCUUUUACUCACAUCAACUGAACUCGCUGUAUCAAACAAGUUGACAUAUUAUACUACUCCUUCAGCUUCUCAACCGACUUCAUCAGACCGCAACGAUGGGCCACCCAGCACACCCCGCGACCGUCCACUUCCCCAUUACCUUCACAGUCCUCAGUGGCCUCCUCGAUCUUUUCUACGCGGCCGCGACCAACUCUACCACAGGCCCGCUUAUCCUCUCAGCCCUAAAGAAGGCCGACGUCAACAUCUACCUCGCAACCAUUCCAAUCCUCUCAUAUUACACCAACAUACUCGCUAUAAUCACCGCAAUUCCCUCCAUCGUCACCGGCAUUGCACAGCUGAUGCCGCUAAUCAAACGCAAUGGAGUGAAGACCUCAAAAGCUUUGACUGGAAUCGCGCACGCUGCACUGAACGACCUCGUUGUUUUUGGGAAUGUGUACAAUGCGUGGACGAGGCGCACUGCUACCGAUUACAGGCCCGAACCGCUGAACACCGUUAUUAGUGGAGCUGUGGCAUUGCCUAUGGUCUGUCUUUCAGCGUACCUUGGAGCAAACCUGGUGUACAAGUACGGAAUGGGUGUCGGAGGACCCACUGGAGAUAGCAAGUUGAAGAAAGUGCAGUAGGGCUUUGGACAGUGGACCGAGACGCUCCGUGUGGUUCCCAUUGUACCGGGGCAUUAGCACGUAUGCAAAUGUCUACUUGUUUGAGGUACUUCAGUGUAUUCUUAAGGCAUCAAACGAGCUGUAGGUCCAUGAUGAGCGAAAGUGGGGAUGCGCUGGGGCUCUAAGCCCCAUUGAAGAUCGGGU